CCUGACCCACCUACUUCAAAUAAGUGGCAGCUUGACAACUGGCUGACUAAGGUGAACCCACCAGCAGUACCAACAGAGACUCUCAGUGAAAUCACCCAUGGGAAUGGACAUGAGGACAAGGAGCAGGGCCAGGGCGUCAGCAGCAAUUCCUCCCACCAGCGCACCAAGCCAAAGGAGCCUCAUCACAAGCGCUCCAGCCAAGCAGCCAGGGCUCCUCAGGAUGGUCAUCUUCCAACCAAACGCGACUGCCAGAAGUCUCCAGUGCGUGCCGAGGAGCCCUUGCCCAGGCAGACUGUGGGUAUCAAAAAGCCUGGCAAGGCAACGGUGCACGAGGGGCCCAAGGGAGGCCUGAAGGUGGAGAGUGAACCUGGUCCUUUUGAGGUCAGAGACCAGUCUUCCAGAGACAAGCCAAAAAUCAAAACUAAAGAGAAGCCAAAAUCCAGUGACAGAAAAGACCCAAAGCCUGCGGUGCAAGAGCUCCCUGAGAACAAAAAGCACAAGAGCUCUCUCCAGGCCAACGCCAAACCCCGCUUGGACCCCAAGCUCACGAGAGACGUUUCGCUUGGCAGUGCCCAGGAGCCUCUUACUCUCAGUCCCCUUCCUCAAGGCCAAGGCACAACCCCCACCGGGGCUAGCACCCAGAGACUUGCCAUCGUAGCCAGAGAGGAUUUUCACAAGGAGAAACUUCCCUUGCCUAAGAAGGAGAAGAAGUUGCUCUCACCAGUGAGGGACUCCCCCGCCCCUAAGUCCCUCAUGGUGAAAAUAGAUCUUCCUCUCCUGUCAAGAGUCCCCGAGCCCCCUGGGAAAGGCAGUCACCAGAAAAAAGCAGAGGCCAAGGAGCUCCCUGGUGCAAAGAAGCCGGACUUGGAGAAGAAAACCAUGGACACUCCUAACAAGCUCCUUCAAAAAAGGAAGAGGGAAGCAGAGAAGGAGGUUGAUAGGAAGAAAAUGAAAUUAGAAAAAGAAACAAAACCACUGCAGUCUUCAGCUAACAAAGACUCCAGUAAACUGAAAAUAUCAAAAGCUUCAUCUGAAACCCAGAAGAAAGAUCUGCUACCUCUCCCACUGCCAACCACAUCUCCUACACAUUCUGCACCAAAGCCAACUAAGACAGCCCAAAAGAGACCCCGAAGUGAGAGUAGUGAGCGACCUGCCACGGAUAACACUGCCAAGAACAAGAACAACGAGAAGGAUCCUUUGUUCCCCAAGCACAAGAAAGUGGAGAAAAGUCACACUGAACUGUCAAAGGGCCUCAAAGGAUCUACAGGAGUUGUCACAAAUCCUUUCCCAGUGCCUUCUUUGCCAAAUGUUACCUCCAAGCCCAGGACACCUCAGCUCAAGUUGGAAAAACAGCAUCAUCCAGUGGAAUACUACUUAGAAGAGGCCAAGACGCUGAAGCACAAAGCCGAUGCAAUGACUGAAAAGAUUGGAAAGGCCUUUCAGUACCUGGAUGCUACCCUUUCCUUCAUCGAAUACGGACUUGCCUUGGAAUCGGAUACAACAGCACCAAAAUCAGCUUACAGCGUAUUCAGCGACACCAUAGAACUCGUCAAAUUCAUUAUGACAUUGAAAUCGUUUACGGACCCCUCAGCAUCUCCAUAUGAAAAAAUCUUUGCCGUGUUAUGCAUGCGCUGCCAGGCCAUUCUGCACAUGGCAGUGUUUCGUUACAAAAAAGACACUGCAGUAAAAUAUUCCAGGAUCCUGAAUGACCACUUCAAGAGUUCUUCCAGAGUAACACAAGCACCUUCUCCGUGUGUUGCAAGAAGCACAGGCACACCUUCUCCUCUUUCUCCAAUGCCCUCUCCUGCCGGUUCCGUGAGUUCCCAGCCGGGAUCGAACACUAACAACUGCAGUGGCAACAGCAUUGGCUCUUCAGUCACUGUCCCCUCUAAUAUCCCAAGCAUCACCUCUUCCUAUGUCAACAUCACUUCCUAUAUCCUCUAUGCUUAUGAUAUUUGGGAACGGGCUGAUGCACUGGCCAGGAAGAAUAAGGAGUUUUUUGCUGAACUCAGCACAGCGACGUGUGCUCUGGCACUGAACAGUAGCAUGACCGAACUGGUACACUACAUUAGACAGGGUUUACAAUGGCUGAGACUGGAAACAAAUACGCCUUAA